AGUAGUAGUAGUAGUAGUAGUAGUAGUAGUAGUAGUAGUAGUAGUAGUAGUAGUAGUAGUAGUAGUAGUAGUAGUAGUAGUAGUAGUAGUAGUAGUAGUAGUAGUAGUAGUAGUAGUAGUAGUAGUAGUAGUAGUAGUAGUAGUAGUAGUAGUAGUAGUAGUAGUAGUAGUAGUAGUAGUAGUAGUAGUAGUAGUAGUAGUAGUAGUAGUAGUAGUAGUAGUAGUAGUAGUAGUAGUAGUAGUAGUAGUAGUAGUAGUAGUAGUAGUAGUAGUAGUAGUAGUAGUAGUAGUAGUAGUAGUAGUAGUAGUAGUAGUAGUAGUAGUAGUAGUAGUAGUAGUAGUAGUAGUAGUAGUAGUAGUAGUAGUAGUAGUAGUAGUAGUAGUAGUAGUAGUAGUAGUAGUAGUAGUAGUAGUAGUAGUAGUAGUAGUAGUAGUAGUAGUAGUAGUAGUAGUAGUAGUAGUAGUAGUAGUAGUAGUAGUAGUAGUAGUAGUAGUAGUAGUAGUAGUAGUAGUAGUAGUAGUAGUAGUAGUAGUAGUAGUAGUAGUAGUAGUAGUAGUAGUAGUAGUAGUAGUAGUAGUAGUAGUAGUAGUAGUAGUAGUAGUAGUAGUAGUAGUAGUAGUAGUAGUAGUAGUAGUAGUAGUAGUAGUAGUAGUAGUAGUAGUAGUAGUAGUAGUAGUAGUAGUAGUAGUAGUAGUAGUAGUAGUAGUAGUAGUAGUAGUAGUAGUAGUAGUAGUAGUAGUAGUAGUAGUAGUAGUAGUAGUAGUAGUAGUAGUAGUAGUAGUAGUAGUAGUAGUAGUAGUAGUAGUAGUAGUAGUAGUAGUAGUAGUAGUAGUAGUAGUAGUAGUAGUAGUAGUAGUAGUAGUAGUAGUAGUAGUAGUAGUAGUAGUAGUAGUAGUAGUAGUAGUAGUAGUAGUAGUAGUAGUAGUAGUAGUAGUAGUAGUAGUAGUAGUAGUAGUAGUAGUAGUAGUAGUAGUAGUAGUAGUAGUAGUAGUAGUAGUAGUAGUAGUAGUAGUAGUAGUAGUAGUAGUAGUAGUAGUAGUAAUAGUAGAAGUAGUAGUAGUAGUAGUAGCAGUAGAAGUAGUAGUAGAAGUAGUAGUAGUAGUAGCAGCAGCAGCAGCAGCAGCAGUAGCAGUAGCAGUAGCAGUAGUAGUAGUAGUUGCAGUAGUAGUAGUAGUAGUAGUAGUAGUAGUAGUAGUAGUAGUAGUAGUAGUAUCAUUUUUAUUAUUAUUAUUAUUAUUAUUAUUAUUAUUAUUAUUAUUAUUAUUAUUAAUGACUCAGCAUUUAUAUUCAGGUUGUCGUCUGAGGUCCCGGCCGGCAAAUGGCCAACAUUACACGUAUACUAG